AUGGGAGAUUAUCAUCAAGUUACUAAACAGUCACUCGAUGAUGCAAAUACGAUAACUAUAAUUGCUGGUACCAAUUUUGCUGGAUCAGCAUCGAAUAUGCUUAAUACUCCUUAUGGAAUCUUUGUCGAUAACAACUUCAAUUUGUAUGUAGCGGAUUGUGGAAACAACCGAGUUCAGUUUUUUCUAUUCGGAGAAUCUGAAGGAACGACAGUUGCAGGAAGUGAAGCAGCAAUAAGCUUCCCGCUAUCGUGUCCAACGGCAGUUACUGUUGAUGGUGCUGACUAUCUGUUUAUUGUGGAUAGUGGCAAUAAUCGUAUUAUUAAAUCAAGUGCCGAAGGAUUUCAAUGUGUGAUCGGAUGUUCAACUGCAUAUGGUUCAGCAGCUGAUCAGCUAGCCUCACCAUGGACCUUAGCUUUUGAUCAUCAAGGCAGCAUAUUCGUUGCCGAUACCAAUAACGGCCGACUUCAGAAAUUCGAUAUAGCUACUAAUUCAUGCGGUGAGUCUAACCACAUCUGA